AUGGACGAUGGCAAGCUCGUCUCGGACGAUAUGGUCUGCGAAUUGGUUGAUGUCAAUCUGAACAAAGAUGAAUGCAAAAAUGGUUUCAUUCUCGAUGGAUUCCCAAGGACGGUCGUCCAAGCUGAAAAGCUCGACAGCUUGCUGGAGAAACGGCAAGAACCCUUAGAUGCUGUCGUUGAAUUCCAAAUAGACGACUCUUUGUUGGAACGCCGUAUUACUGGACGGUUAUUCCAUCUGGCAAGUGGUCGGAGCUAUCAUACUGAUUUCAACCCGCCUAAGGAACCUAUGAAGGACGACGUCACCGGUGAACCACUAGUUCGACGUAGCGAUGAUAACUUAGAAGCGUUGCGGAAAAGACUGUCUGUCUACCAUUCUAUGACAACUCCGCUGAUUGGAUAUUACCAAAAGCGUGGUAUUCAUACAGCAGUAGAUGCAAGUAAAUCAAUGGCUGAUGUGUCGUUAAAAAUAGACCAAAUAUUCGCUAAGGUGGCUCUGAGAGAGCAGGCUCGUGUUUCAUUCGUAUGA